UGUCACUCACGAUUCCUUUUCCUCAAUAUUGACCGCUAGCACCAUAACACCUUCCUCUAAUUGCGCUGUUUCCUCCAGUUACGGUUAUCACGUUCGUCGGGAAGGGAACGUCUGGAGAGGAGAUCGACAUAAACGAAACUCUAUGCAGUGACCCUGUUCCUCGGAAACGGUUUGGUGUUUCUUUGGUUCACUGCGAGUUGGUGCGGAUGCGGGAGAGGUGCAUCCGUGUUCUCGUCAAUAGUACUACCAGUCAUGAAGCUCAUCCAUUUUCUGUGCUUUGUUUUGAUAUUGUUGUGUUAUCUUCACGAGGUAGCUGACGGUCAAAGCCUUGCAAACACCACUGGGACCCCGGUAUCGGCAAAUGUCAAUGGGACCAAGGUAACUGCUAAUGUCACUACGACCAAGACACCUGAUGGUCCAGCCCUUACCAACUCCACAGGGACCAAGAUUACAAACACCACUGGGAGCCAGGCAUCAACAAACACCACUGGAAGCCAGGCAUCAACAAACUCCACUGGGAGCCAGGCAUCAACAAACUCCACUGGGAGCCAGGCAUCAACAAGUCCCAAUGGGACUCAAGUAUCUACAAACACUAAUGGGACCCAGGUAUCUACAAACUCCACCGGGACCCAGGUAUCUUCAACUCAGAAACCCGCUGGUACGCUACUUGUAGAGGGAGGGACUUGGAGCAGUGGCACAUACAAAAAACCCCAGUGGCCUUGGAAAGGUUUUCAUUAUGUUGUCACCCUCAAAGAACCCGACAUCGGGGAUCCAUUGCACAAGAACUUAGAGUUUGCAAUGGGAGACUGGGGUUUCUCCUCUUGCAUUGAGUUCGUCUUCGCGAAAGAUGAGAAAACAGACUUGGUUUUCAAACGAGGGACGGAGUGUUCUGUCGACUACGGUACUCCGGGAACUCCGAGCGUCAUCCAUGUGAAUGACGGGUGCAUUUCGACACGCCACAUACACCACUUCUUGGGCCAUUAUCUGGGCUUGUUUGACGAGCAGAGGAGACCAGACAGAGACGAAUACAUCGAAGUACUACAGAAGGACUUGCCUCCAGCCACGCAGAAGCUCAUGUCGAAAUUCGACAGCUCUCAAGUGAAGCUCUAUUCUACGAUGUACGACUUGUCUUCAGUCAUGCACAUGUCGCCGAGGUCUAUGGAUGACGGGGACAAGGCCAUCUUCCGCACCAAAGACCCAAAAUUACACGGCAUUCCAGGCAGGGUCAAGCAUCCGUCCCAUUGGGACUUUUACCGCGUGAACGCUAUACACGGCUGUCAAGAAAAAUUACACGCAAGAUGCGAGAUCGCUCCAAACACGUGCAAAAACAGAGGCUUCUUAACUCACUUUUGUGUAUGCCUAUGCCCGCCCGGUACGAAUGGCACUUACUGUGAACAUGUCACGGGACAUCCUUACGAGGACGUGGAGUCAACAUGCAGUGAAGUUGUUACUAAAAACUUAACUACAGUCGUGGCUGGUAAUUUUCGCCACCAGAGUUCUAAAACUACCUGGUGCCUGUUCCAAGUCAAGGCGCCAGAACACCACCAGAUUAUGAUAGCCUUUGAUUUCACCGAGUCUAACGAAACCAUUAAUAAGUCUACGCGCUGUCAGGGCUCUCUCGUGAGCAUAACAGAGGUCAGCCUGCAACAAGUUGAAGAAAACGUAAUAUGCGGUGAAGAAUUCCGGAAACUGCACAUCUACUUCUCUAAGACGAACGAGGUCGACAUAUACUAUGACGUGAGAGAGACAACGUCCUCGAGAGGCACCAGAAUUCCCAGAGGAUUCAAGGCGACGAUUACGUUUCACGGCCACGGCCAGGAUAACAGUACUGUCAAUGCAACAGAGAGCACAACAACAACCAAAGAAGUGCCAGUUCCAACAACAACAAUGGAUUAUGACGAUGACGGCACAGUAAGUGUUCCGAACGAUUAUGACGAUGCAACAACGUUGUCCUCGCCUAUAAAAGAUAGAACGAGUGCUGUUUCCACAACGGGUAAAACAACGACAGCUCUUUCACAUACGGAGGCGUCCCACUCCCACAGAACAACCACCACGGCGGGAAGCGUCGCAGGUCUCCCAGUGAUGGCUGGGUGCAACAGAGACGCGUUUUUAUGUAUCGUUCAGUACUUCAUAUACUCCCUCAUCUUCGUUCAUUUGUUCCAUUUAUGAAAGAACGAUUACUACUGUAAUGUUUAAGCACAGGUGCCACAGUCCGGGUCAUAAACUGGGAAGCGUGAUUCAUAUGUAUUAUAAAUUCGUAACUAUUGUGUAUAUUUACUUUUAUCGAUGAUCAUUUAUCCCAUUUGUAAUUUUCUUUUGUUCAUAAAGUUUAAUGGUUUUAA